GAUAGCGUCCUGUACGCCUUACACUGAGGCAACACACAAUUCCCGUACGUGCCGAAUGAAGUUAGUUAGAUGUAAACAUCUGAUUAGGAACAUUUGACAACCAUAUGAAAUUAGGAAUAUAAAUUUUCAGUUUGAAAAAAUGGCCGUGAUGGAAGGUUCUCUUAGUAAAUGGACAAACGUGAUGAAAGGGUGGCAGUACAGAUGGUUCGUGCUAGACGAAAAUUCCGGAUUACUCUCCUAUUACACUUCCAAAGAGAAGAUGAUGAGGGGCGUGAGAAGAGGAUGCGUUCGGCUGAAAGGUGCGGUGAUUGGUAUUGACGACGAAGACGAAAGUACGUUUACAGUCACCGUAGAUCACAAAACCUUUCACUUUCAAGCACGAGACGCAGAAGAGAGGGAGAAAUGGGUGCGCGCUCUUGAAGACACGAUUCUUAGACACGCAAAUAGGCUAAGAUGGGAUUCAAGCGCCCCGGUACCUUCAGUUAAGGACUUUGACAAUAAAGUCUCAGAGGCCGAUGCGUACCUUCAGUUGAUGAUAGAGCAGACCAGGCUUUUGGAGGACAAAAUCGAUACACUUGCAGACCUUGAAGAAAAAACGAAAUGCCAAUUAAUAUUAGAGCAUGCAAAUACUAUGUUACACAACAUAAAACAUUCCAUUGUGCUUCUACAAAUCGCCAAAAAUACAGCACACCCCGUGAACGGAGUGUACCAAGCGAGAUCCGAGUCAUCUGGUUUAAACAGUGCUUUAUCAAAUAAUGGUUCAGAAACAUGCGCCAUUCCGGGGGAAGCUAAUGUUCAGCAAGGCAUCGAAUUGGGAUCGGAAUGUUUGGAGGCGAGGCGUCACAAUAGCCUUGUUGGCAGCGUUACCUCAACGACACUAGCGGUACCUGAAAUGUCCUACUCGAGUUCGGAGGGCGAAGACGACUUUUACGACGCCAACGAUUCUCCGUUUACGCCUGGAAGCCAAGUGCCAACACCUACGGGCACACGUCCGUUUAACAGUGAGGAUUUAUUAUCUAGACCAGUGGCAGCUCCGGUCCCGAAUGCAAUACAAGGCAACCAAAUUCGACGUGGCACGCUGAGAAAGACGGGCUCGUUGGAACACAUCGAUUAUGAUUCUCUUUAUGACGACGAAGAGGAACUUGACGUGGAAAUGGAUAGUCAAGGCUCUGUUAUACGACAUUUACUGUCGCAAGUGAAGAUAGGUAUGGACCUCACCAAAGUAGUACUGCCCACAUUUAUCUUAGAGCGGCGAUCUUUGUUAGAAAUGUACGCGGACUACUUUGCGCAUCCAGAUAUAUUCAUUAGUAUAGCAGAUUUUAACACACCACGUGACAGAAUGAUCCAAGUUGUGAGAUGGUAUCUCUCUUCCUAUCAUGCCGGGCGGAAGAGUUCUGUUGCCAAAAAGCCAUAUAAUCCUGUACUCGGAGAAACAUUUAGUUGCCAUUGGGAACUGCCUCCUACGUCGCCAAGGUCACAGCACAAUGAACAAUUAGUAAGCGAUGGUCCUGUGCCGUGGGCUAGUCGCGAUCAACUAACGUUUAUAGCCGAACAAGUUUCACAUCACCCUCCAAUUUCAGCGUUUUAUGCAGAACAUUAUAAUAAAAGAAUUAGUUUUAAUGCACACAUCUAUACAAAAUCGAAAUUUUUGGGAUUAUCCGUCUGCGUGUAUAACAUUGGCCAAGGUGUAGUUUCUGUAUUAGAUUACGAUGAGGAAUACUUCGUAACUUUUCCUAGCGGUUACGGAAGAUCCAUCUUAACCAUUCCAUGGAUCGAAUUGGGAGGGAGCGUCAGUAUUACUUGUCCCAAAACUGGAUACUACAGCAAUGUGGAAUUUUUAACUAAACCUUUCUAUGGGAAUAAAAAACACAAAAUAACUGCAGAAGUUUUUGGGCCUGACGAAAGGAGGCCGUUCGUUAGUAUAUCUGGAGAAUGGAAUGGUGUAAUGGAAGCGAAAUGGUCAGACAAGGAGAAACCGGAAGAGUUUGUCAACGUAAACAAUUUGUCAAUAAUUAAGAAACAAAUUCGGCCUAUAAAUGAGCAGACAGACAAUGAAAGUCGGAAAUUAUGGAAGGAAGUAACGAGGGCACUCAAAUUUAAUGAUAUUGAUAAGGCGACUACUGCUAAAUUUCAAGUGGAACAAAGGCAGAGGGACGAAGCGAGGGAGCGUAAGAUGAAUAACACUGAAUGGGAAACAAAGCUAUUCCAAAAGCACCAAGAGGAUCGGUGGUUGUACAUGAGGCCGUUGCGCUCCAGGAUAUUAUAAGCAUCGAAAAAUCUAUUCUUAUGAAUUGACUAACUUGUUCUUUCUGAACUGAUAAGUUACUGUAUUCCUUCCCCGUUUAACAGUAACUCCAGAUUUACUACUGUGAUAUGAAAAGUGUACGUAGAUAUGUAUGUAUAAAAAUAAUUUUGUAUUAUUUGGGCUGCCGACGCAGUGCCGCAUUAAGUAUUUCAUUCAUAUAAUUUAUAAAUUCUAAUUUUUUUCUUUUUUGUUAUGCAUCGCAAAACAAUUUUGCCUCAUUUAAUUAAGUGUACAAAUUCGUUUUUAUAAAAAUGGAACUUUGUUUCUUUCCUUGACGUUUCAUGCAAAGGUGAGGAAGAUGUUCUAGAAUGCCAGUACAAUCAUGGACGACCGCGUGUGAAAUAAUAAGUGUAAACCUUCCAAACGUUCUUAUAGAUAUUUAACAUAUCAAUUUGUUGCAAGCAUUUCCAAUUGUAAAAUAAAUUUGUUUUUAAUAUA